UGAAAAGCGGUCAACACAGUGUACAGGUGUUUUUAAAUGUUGCUUUAUUUUAUGGUGUGGUGAAUAUUAACAAACAUAUAACUACGUUAUGUAUACUAUCGACGAUAGUUUAAAAUUUGUUGAUAUGUAGUGCAUAAAAUGUGGAAUGAGUGCAGUGGCAGUGAGCGAGUACUUACUGGGACUCGGGCCUCGUUCCCAAAUAUAACGUUACUUUUGUAAGUAGUACUGUCGACGUGUUCUUUUGGAUAGUACGGUACUCGCAACAUACUUUUCAUUUUCGCGAUUUUCUCACAAUAUCUACGUUCAAUUUAUGUUACGAUAUUUGUUUUUGGUAUUGUUAUUAUUUUCGUGAUGUAACAGUACCGUAAAUCGUAAUUUGCUUAAGAGUCGAACACUUUGCGAUUUCUACUGAUUUUGCAAUUAUAGUAACCUAUUUUUUUCGGAUGGUCAUUGCCCUUGAUGUGUUCUACUAAUCAGGUUAUUGUAUCAAGUUGGGUUGAUGGAAUCACAAGCUCAAGCAAAAGUUAAAAAUACCCUUAUACGGUGAUCAUGGCUAACACUGCUGCUGAGAAUGAGGCAGAUUCAGGCAGUGGUGUAGUGACGACACACGUAACACCCAAAGAAGAAGAUGCAGAUCAAAACGAAGCCGAUCGAUUAGUUACUGGUUCUAAUAUAAAUUACGAUACCACAGAAAUAUUCAAAUGUAUUAAAUGUGAUUUCGAGGCCAAUACGCAAGUACAAUUGACAUUACACGUUACAAAAGUUCAUACUACCAACGAAGCCUCUGCAAUGGAAGUAGAAAAUAAUAAUCCCCCUCCAGAUAGGGCGCAUCGAAAAAUGUUCGAAUGCGACGUCUGCAAUAUGAAAUUUUCCAAUGGGGCGAAUAUGCGACGCCACAAAAUGCGCCACACCGGAGUCAAACCGUACGAAUGUAGAGUAUGCCAGAAGAGAUUCUUCCGAAAAGACCAUCUCGCUGAACACUUUACCACGCACACCAAAACUUUGCCGUACCAUUGCCCCAUCUGUAACAGGGGUUUCCAGAGACAGAUAGCUAUGAGAGCCCAUUUUCAAAACGAGCACGUCGGCCAACACGAUUUGGUUAAAUCGUGUCCUUUAUGCAGCUAUAGAGCUGGUUCCAUGAAAAGCCUCAGGAUACAUUUUUUCAACAGACACGGUAUUGAUCUCGAUAAUCCCGGCCCUGCUGGUUCUCAAGCUUCCCUGAUAGCUGCCGCUGCUCAACAGGGUUUCGCUAUGGACGGAACUCUAAAUUCUCUGAGUCAAUUCACUGGAAGUUUAUCAGUGAGCGUGACGGGGGGCGCUAAUUAUAGUGAUUCCGGGGAUUCUACAGGAGCCCGUUCGACCGAUAAUGCCACGCCGCCGAUGCAUUUUUUGACGCCUCACGUGGAGAUUUCCAUGACUGAUGCUCCUGUGCCUGUUUUUUCACCAUCCCCGGGAGAUCAACAAAAUUCGAAUCAACCUGGCCAAAGCAGUGAUCCUCAAAGAGUGAACGGGGAUUGUCCAAAUUCCCCUCAAUCUGCAGAUUCUAAUUCCAAUGCUCCAUCUAGCAGUCAUAUCCAACCAAACAGCUUAAGAAUCGACCAAGAAACCAGCAUCACCCCAUCCAUAUCAUUGAUUCCCAUAAAACAAGAACCGACAGAAGAAUAUGAAGGAGCUAAAAGAAAUGGACCUGUUAAUUUAAGCACUUCACCUUCAGGUAGCAUACAGAUGCAGUCAGCAACGUCUAGUAGCUUAAGUUCAUUAAUCAAAGUAUCUCCGUUGAAGAGUCUGUUAAGAGACGAUCUCAAAAGAAAAAUAAUAUCAAGAAAUGGUUCGAGCAGUAGAGGCAGGUCAACAGCUUCCCCCGGAGCUAAUUCCGAAUCGCCAAAUGAUCCAGCAACCACUACUAAUGGUACUAUUACUUCCACAGGUUUAGAACAACCUUCGGAUUCUUCUUUAUGGACUCGGAUGAGUAAAAGAGCGUUGAACGGUCUUCAAUGUAUCUUUUGCGGUAUAGGAUUCCCAGAUCAAACUCUCUAUUUUCUACAUAAGGGAUGUCAUUCUGACGCGAACCCUUGGAAAUGCAACAUAUGUGGGGAACAGUGUUCCAAUGUGUACGAAUUCAAUUCUCAUUUGUUAAGUAAAAGCCACCAAUAGCGUACGGUGAUUCCGUAGGUUACUGGAAUAUAUUAUUUUUGUUUUGUUGAACUAUUUUGUACAGGAAGUUGUACUAUUGGACCUAUUUUUUUGAUAGGAAUUGUUUUAAAUAAUUUCCAUGAUGAUUUUAUAGGAAGGAAUUUGAAAUUUUCGUUUUUUUUUUGGUAUUUUAUUUGUAUUUUGGAAGAAUUCGUUGAAUAUGGUAUAAAGUGGAAAAAGAUGAGACGAGGAAUAACGUCAUAUCUCAAAAAAGUUGUAUUAUAACCUAUAAGAAGUAAUAUCUCUAAUUGUUAUUCCUUUAAUUUUUAUACUGUCGGUUAGGUUUUGUUUUUUUCUAUUUUCUAGUAUAUAUCUUCUCUUUUAGGGAUUAGAAAUUAUUUUUUGUCUUUAGUGAACCAUAUUUUUGAAAAUUUAUCAAAUUAACAACAAAAUUUUUGUUUUUGUGUUCUUAUAUCGUUGAAUUUAAACUCUUUAUAGAAAGAAAACCUCAAAAACUUCUCAUUUCAUGUGGGAAAUUUAAGUAUCUUUGAAAUACGAGGGUGAGUUGAUGGUUUAAAUUCUGUUUUCGGAAAAUUCACAAUAUCACAAAGAAAUUCUUCCAUUUUGCUAUAACUUUUUACCGUAUAUAGAAAAAUUUUUUGGAAUGAUUCUAUUUUCAAUGGAAAUUGAUGUAUAUUUGAAAUACGAGGGUGUUUUGAUGACUUAAAUUCUGUUUUCUCUCUUUAGUUCACAAAAUUGUUGAAAAUUUACAAAAUUAUCAAAAAAAUUUCCAUUUUUCGUUCCUAUAUAGUUGAAUUUAAACUUUUUUUAGGAGAAAACCUCUAAAACUUUUCAGUUUUUGAGGGAAAUUUAAAUAUUUGUGAAAUACAAAAGUGAGUUGAUAGUUUAAAUUCUGUUUUUGGAAAAUCUACAAUAACAUGAAGAAAUUCUUCCAUUUUAUAUCCUUAUUGAUAUAACUUUCCUCUGUAUAUUGAAAAAACCCUUGGAAUUAUUCUAUUUUCGAUGGAAAUUGAAGUAUAUUUGAAAUACGAGGGUGUUUUGAUGGUUUCAAUUCUGGUUUUCUGUUUUUAGUUCACAAAAUUGUUGAAACUUUACAAAAUCAACAAAAAAAUCUCAGUUUUUGUUCCUAUAUCGUUGAAAAUAAGUUUCAUACAUAAGAAAGUCCUUGAAACUAUUUAGGAAAUUUGAGUAUCUGUGAAAUACGAGGGUGAGUUUAUGGUUUUGAAUAUUUUCUGUCUUUGAUGGAACAUAUUUUUAAAAAUUUAUAUAAUCAAUAAAAAAUUUCCUCCGUUUCUUUUUAUGCCCUUAUAUCUAAAUAUAAUAUACAAGAAAAUCUUUGGAAAUUGCUUGUUUUAGAUUGAUAUUCAUGUAUAUGUGUAAUAAGAGUGAUUUUGAUGGUUUCGAUAGUGAUAGACCAUAUUUUUGAAAAUCAAAAACAAAAUUUUUGUUUUCUUCCCUAUAUCGUUGAAACUAAUCUCCAUAUACAAAAAAAUCUCAAAAUUAUUCAGUUUUUAAUGGAAAUUUUUGUGAAAUACGAGGGUGUGUUGAUAGUUUAACCACUGAUCUGUCUCCUAAGUGGACCACAUAUUCAACAAGAAAUUUUCUCUUUUUGCACCUACAUCGUUAUAUAUAAACACCUUCUAUAAGAAAAUUACUCAACUAUAUAUGUCAAAAAUCAACUAUCUAUGAAAUACGAGGGUAUGUUGAAAGUUUAUUAAUUUUUCGUUAUAUUAUUUAUUCAAAAUACCUUAAAAUUUAAAACAAAUCACAUUAACGUGUUUCUAAUUUUCACGAGGUGCUUAAGUGUAAUGAACAUUGUUUUUUAAUAAUCUUUUUCCACAUUAUACCAAAAAAAAUUUACAUAUCAAUAAUGAGUAAUAAAAAAAACGACUUAGUGCCUACGCCGAGGCCUUACCUAACUCAACCUGAUAAUUGCUCUAAUUAUCCGUCCAUUGUUAAACAAAUUGUUAUUAAUAAUAUAAAUCCUAUUUACAAAAAUUUUCCUAAAACGUGUUAAAUUCCUCCCACGUCUAAAAACUCAUCGAUUAAGAGACUUUACACUUUUAUCAAGUCCGGGACAAACUGUAUAUAAGUUUAAUCGAUUUUUUUUGUAUGAUAUGCUCAAUAUUUAUACUCGAAAUAUGGCGUGGGGGGAGGGGGUAGAUAUUUUGUUAUUUUUGAAUUUUUUAGAUAACGCAGUUUCGAAAAUUGUGUAUCGGUCUUGUUUUUUGAAAAAAAAAAGUCAUAUUGAGCAAAAGUACCUGUGGAACAAUGAAAAUAUGACUUCAAACAUAAAUAUAUAGGGAUAUUUUAGUCUUUAGUUUAUCAAUUUUUAAUUAUUCUAUACUUAUUUGCAUUCCAUUUAUAUUUUUCAAAAAAAAUGUACAGUAUUUAUUUUAAUUCGAGAUAUUUCAAAAAAAAAAAUGUGCAAUAACUAGGGACAUUUUUUUUAUUGAUUUUAUUUGUGGAAAUAGACCGGGGUCGAUAAUUUUGUUACUAAAAAAUGGAAAGGGGGGUCAAUAUUUAAGGGUGUAAAAUGUUUUUUUUGUUUCCAGUAAAAUUACAAGUCACAUGAAAAAAAGUUAAAAGCAAAGUUGUAGGUAAUGAAAAGAUCUAAAAUUUUUGUAAUAACCUUUUCUUUACAUAACAAAAUUUGAGUAAAAAAUUCAAAAAACAAAGUUUUUGUUCUUUUAUUUUUUACAAAAAUUAUUUUUACGCACUAAAACUUCUGUUUUCACACUAUUUUCACAUAACCUCAAAAUUUUUCACUUAAGUUUUGAGGUUAUGUGAAAAAAGUGUGAAAACAAAUGUUUUUACCAAAUUUCGUGCAAUAAAAUUAAUAUUUGUAAGAAAUGGAAAUAAAAAACCAAAAACUUUUUUUUUGUAAUUUUUCACUUACAUUUUGAGGUUAUGUGAAAAAAGUGGUAAAACAAAAGUUGUAGAUCCUUUUAUUACCCACAUUAUUGCAAUUUAACUUUUUUCCAUAAGGCUUGUAGUUUUGCCGGAAAUCAAGAUAAACUUUUUAAGCCUUAAAAACUCCCCCCAUCCACUUCCCAACCUCAGAUCACCCGUAAAUUAUUUUUUCUUUUAUUUUUAUUAUAUUCUCCUUAUUUCCCAAUGUGUUACAUCUCACUAUUAUUUUUUUUCAAUUUUUAUCAUUUUUAAUUUUUUUUAUUAGUACAAUCCUAUUGACUGCGCCACAUAUAUAAACUAAUUAAAUGUAUAUAAUAUGUUGUUGAUUUAAAAAAAAUGUCUCGUUUACGUUAAUAAUGCAAUAUAUACUGUGGGUCUAAAAAAGACUCAAAAUUUUGAUAUUUACUAAAUACGAAUUAUUUUAUUUUAUAAGAAUUAUGAUGAUUUAUUGAUCAUUCAUGGUAUAUAUUGUUGCACGUUUCUUUAUACUGAUUUUUUGUAUUGUUUUCUUUGGUGAAUAGUUCCGGAAAACAUGUAUACAAUGCGGGCGAGUUAAAAUAUUUAUUUUCCGUAUUUUGAAAAUUUAAUCACGAAAAUUCUUUAUGCUUUUUUCUUAAUUUUGUUUUUCUCGGUAUUUCGAAAUGAAUAUGGGAUCAAAUCCUACCUAAGAUCGAAUCUUUUUUUGGUAUUUUGAGGUUAAUAUGGACUCAAAUCAUAUUAGAGCUCAAUAAUUAGUUGGAACCUCGUAAUUGUGACUAUUUUAGAAGAUAUAAAGGAUUAGUGAAGGAUAGGAAGACAAAAUAAUGUUCUGGAAGUAUUUAGGAACAAAUUGGAAAUCUUCCGGAUGAACUAUAUCGUUAACGAAGACCCAGAGGGUUGAUAAUCAUACAAUUUUUGUUGUUAUGACCCCCUUUAUACCGAAAAUCCACGAAUUAUUGAAAAUUUUUGUUGAAUCCUGUUUGAUUUACCAUUUUCGAAAUGUUACGAGGGUUAUACCAAACGUUCUGGUGAUGAAAAUCAUUUCUAGAGAUUUUGUGUAGUGUUCUUUGUUUAACUGUUACAAAUAACAAAAUUAUACAACGUGGACGGUUUAAAAGGAUCUAUUUUCACACUUAGGAACAAAAUCAUGAAAAUUCUCGUUUAUUUCCCCGCAACUUGGUUUUUCUUGGUCUUUUGACGUUAAUAAAGUCUCAAAUCACAUCUAGAAUCAAACUGGAGCCGCAUUAGUAGUUACAACGUAGUAAUGGUAACUAUUCUAGAUUAUAUAAACGAGUUGUGAAGAAUAAAAAGAUAAAAGAACGUUCUGGAAGUAUUAGGGAACAAAUUGGAAAUCUUCCAGAUGACUAUAAUUAAUAACUGAAAACCAUAGAGUUAAUAAACAUACAAUGAUUGCUUCAUUGUUCCUUUUCAUACUAAAAAGUCGCCAACGACAGGAAUUUAAGUGAUUUAUUUUCAAAAUAUUGCCAGGGUUAUUCCAAAUGAUCAAUUUGAAAUUUUUUAUAAGUUUAAUUUACUUUCAUUAUGAAUAUUGUAUACAUAAUUGUAAUUUUAGGGAAACAUAUACAUUCCUUCUAUCUAGAUGUGAUUAUGAAGAAAUGUACCUAUUUUAUAUUUAUUUUUAUUUAUAUAUAUAUAUAUAUAUUGUAAUAUGUAAAUCACAAUUUGUUGUAUUUUUCGGUGAG